GGAAAGGACUUGCCGCUUCUUUUUAAAGGAAUUCCAGCAAGCUACUUUUUUUUUCCUCUUGGACUUUGACGCUCGAUGGUUUGCAAAAGUUUCGCAUUAAAAAAAUCUACCUGAUUUGUACUUUGAGAGUUGUUGGUUUCUUUUUUACCUCCCGACCUUUUUUUUUUUCCACUUAAAAAAAAAGUUUUCCACCUUUAAAAAAAUGCACUACUGUGUGCUGAGCGCUUUUCUGCUCCUGCAUCUGGUGACGGUGGCGCUCAGCCUGUCUACCUGCAGCACGCUCGACAUGGACCAGUUCAUGCGUAAGAGGAUCGAGGCCAUCCGAGGGCAGAUCCUGAGCAAGCUGAAGCUCACCAGCCCCCCAGAAGACUAUCCAGAGCCCGAGGAAGUCCCCCCGGAGGUGAUUUCCAUCUACAACAGCACCCGGGACUUGCUCCAGGAGAAGGCGAGUCGGAGGGCGGCUGCCUGCGAGCGCGAGAGGAGUGACGAGGAGUACUACGCCAAAGAGGUUUACAAGAUAGACAUGCCGUCCUUCUUGCCCUCAGAAAAUGCCAUCCCGCCCACUUUCUAUAGACCCUACUUCAGAAUUGUCCGAUUUGACGUCUCAGCGAUGGAGAAGAAUGCUUCCAAUUUGGUGAAAGCAGAAUUCAGAGUCUUCCGUUUACAAAACCCAAAGGCCAGGGUGCCUGAACAACGGAUCGAACUGUAUCAGAUUCUCAAAUCCAAAGAUUUAACAUCUCCAACUCAGCGCUACAUUGACAGCAAAGUUGUGAAAACGAGAGCGGAGGGCGAAUGGCUGUCCUUUGAUGUGACUGAUGCUGUUCAUGAGUGGCUGCAUCACAAAGAUAGGAACCUUGGAUUUAAAAUAAGCUUACACUGUCCCUGCUGCACCUUUGUACCAUCUAAUAAUUACAUCAUCCCAAACAAAAGUGAAGAGCUAGAGGCAAGAUUUGCAGGUAUUGAUGGCACCUCCACACAUACCAGUGGUGAUCAGAAAACUAUAAAGUCCACUAGGAAAAAAAACAGUGGGAAGAGCCCACAUCUCCUGCUAAUGUUGUUGCCCUCCUACAGACUUGAGUCUCAACAGACCAACCGGCGGAAGAAGCGUGCUUUGGAUGCAGCUUAUUGCUUUAGAAAUGUGCAAGAUAAUUGCUGCCUGCGUCCUCUUUACAUUGAUUUCAAGAGGGAUCUUGGGUGGAAAUGGAUACAUGAGCCCAAAGGGUACAAUGCUAACUUCUGUGCUGGAGCCUGCCCAUAUUUAUGGAGUUCAGACACUCAGCACAGCAGAGUCCUCAGUUUAUACAACACCAUCAAUCCAGAAGCUUCUGCUUCUCCAUGCUGUGUGUCUCAGGAUUUAGAACCUCUCACCAUUCUUUACUACAUCGGCAAAACACCCAAGAUCGAACAGCUUUCUAAUAUGAUUGUGAAGUCUUGCAAAUGCAGUUAAGACUCUCCAAAGAUUGGCCAUUCAUGACAACGAUGACGAGGACAAAGUCUGUGACACGAAAACACGAAAGAACCUUGCUUUGAUAGCGUCCAACAACAUCUGAAAAAGCGGUACUACGUCAAACCCUUGGGAAGUUUGUGUUCUGUUUGUG